AUGGACCUUAGUCAGGCUGUUGAGUGGAGCCGUGAGGAGAAUGUGGAGUUGUGUCAUGCCAUUUUACUUAGCAGAGUGCCACUGGAGGCCACUGAUGAUGUGGUUAGCCGUGUGCUCAGCACAGUUAAGGUUCUGGGUAGGACCCGGAUACGCGGUUGCCGUGGCGACAAGACUGGUAGGCACCUGUACAUUUUACUCGAGACUUCUGCUGAGUUGGAUCAGAGCUCUGUCCCUCCUGAAGUGGGAAUUGUAGGUGAGGCAGGUCCAUGGGCUGUUCAUGUAGUGAGUAGUUUGCUGCCUGCUAGUCCUGUUCUUGAAAGUGAUGGAUUCGAAGCCAAGCUAUUUUCAUUAUUACAGCAGGAGGGCAAGUCUAUGGGUGAUGUGAAGGCUGUUUUGGGCACGCAGCCUCCUAAACCUGAUGUCAGCAUGGAUCUUGUGAAUGCCAUAGGCCAGCUCGUUGAUCGCUGUAACCAGGCAUCUGUUGAUGUGCCUGGCUAUAGAAAACUGAGGCUGUUUUCCGGUUUACGGCCCGUUCCCCCAGGCGAGGAAGAAUAUGAGGCCUGGAUGGAGCAGGCAACUCAGAUGAUUACUGAGUGGCAGUGCAGUGAUGCUGCUAAGCGACAGCGCAUUGUUGAGAGUUUGUGUGGGCCUGCUGCGGAUAUAGUAAGGUUUUUGAAAGUCAGUAGCCCAUCUGCUACUGCUACUGAUUACUUAACCGCUCUUGACACUACUUAUGGAUCGACUGAGAGUGGGGCAGACCUUAUGGCAUCGUUUCGCCAUACUUUUCAAGAAGAUGGUGAGAAACUUUCUGCUUUCUUGUAUCGCUUGGACAAGCUUCUCCACCGUGCUCUUUUGAGAGGAGCGAUUGAAGCUGCAGGCCUGAAUCGUGCACGUCUGGAGCAGUUGUUCAAGGGUGCUCUCACCACUGACAUUGUGGCUUUACGUGUGCGACUUCUGCACACUUUGCAAGCUCCGCCUUCUUUUUCCCAGUUAAUGCGAAAUGUGAGAGAGGAAGAGCACUGGGUAAGUGCAAGGGAGAGUGCAAAGGUUUCUGUGGCCUCAUCUACAUUUUGCCAGGUUCCUGUGACUGCUGCUGUCGCUCUUCCUCAUGUGCCUGUUACUCCCCUGGCGUCUGAGGUUGACAGUCUGAGGAAAGAGGUCAAGGAGCUGACGUCUUUAGUAACUAAACUUUUGACUGCUACUACCGUGGCUCCUGAAAAUCCUCAAGUCUCACAGUUUGGUGUAAGCCACAGCACAGAAACCACAGCCCCAGCUGUUCCCACAAGGGCUGUUUCUUCGAACCUGCCGAAGUCUACGACAUCCUCUUCUGUUCCUGCCAUUUUUUGUUACAAGUGUGGAGAAGACGGCCACACCAAGCGAGAGUGCACACGUCCUGAGAACUUGAGGGUAGUGAAUCAGAAGCUGCUUAAGAGGGUCACGCAGCAGGGAAACUUCCCUGGAGCUCAGUGA